AUGAUCAUACCUCCUCUUCCGGUAGACGGCACGGUCUUUAAAAUCGGCCUGGUUGGGCCAUGGAACUGUGACCCGUUUUUUGCCAAGGCCUUCCCCCAAGUGGCUGCCAAGUUAGCUAUGCAACGGAUAAAGAAGGACUCCUCACUUAGUGUUGCCAAUGAAUUGGACUGGACGUUGCUGGAAGAGGACUGCCACACCUGCAAAGCCCUCGCUGGAUUCAUCGGCUACGAAAAACUCUCAUCGGCUUUCGUAGGGCCUCUGAGCCCUGGCUACUGUGACGCAGCCUCUUUGCUCAGUAAGGCCUGGAACAAGGCCAUCUUCUCAUGGACAUGCGUCGGCCACGAGCGGGACCAUCCACACUGCCCCCCCAUGCUCAUCGGAACGCUGCCCUCCUCCACCAGCGUCCUCGUGGCUGUGCUGAGAUAUUUUAACUGGGCUCACGUCGGCAUCAUCUCUUCCCAGGAGGACUUCUGGGUGGACACAGCCAAUCAGCUGGCCGCCGCCCUGAGAAACCAGGGGCUCCCUGUCCAUCUCGUUGUGACAAUUGAUGAUGAAGAUUCAAGAGCCAAAGGGACUUGGUCAAGGAUCCGGGCUGCUGGGGAUGUGAAAGUGAUAAUUCUGUGCAUGCCUUCUGCUCUGGUCGGAGGGGAAGACCAGGCCAUGCUGCUAAGCCAAGCUCAGGAAAUGGGCCUGGCCGACAGGAGGUACAUUUUCGUGCCCUAUGACACCCUACUCUACAGCCUUCCUUAUCGGAACCAUUCCUACUUCCUCCUCGACAAGGACCGCACGUUCCGGGAAGCUUAUGACGCGGUCUUGACGAUCACCUUAGAAUCUGGAGAGCAAACGUUUUACAAAGCAUUCGAGGCAGCGAAGGAAAGGGGUGAAAUAACAACAAAUUUGGAGUCGCAGCAGGUGACUCCUCUCUUUGGGACCAUCUAUGAUGCUAUUUACCUUGUCGCAAAGGUAUUAGAUAAGGCACGACGGCCUGGGACUUCUGAGCUCUCGGGGAUGACACUGGCAGAACAUGCGAAGAACCUCAACUUUGCAGGAUUCAGCCACAGGAUCCAGGUCGACAGCAAGGGGAAGGUGCUAGCCAAUUACGUGAUCCUGGACACGGAUGGCAAAGGGAGCUCCUUAUUCCCUACAUGUUUGCUGGUUACAUCCUCUGGCUUGGUACAGUCCCUGGGAAGAGCCAUACACUUCCCUGGAGGAGACCCUCCCCCUGCCGAUUCCAGCUGCUGGUUCGAUCCAGAUGUUCUGUGCAUUAGAGGCAUGGAUCCACCCAUUGCAGUCAUGGUAUUGCUGCCUCCCCUAUUCCUGCUCCUGUUUGGAAUAUGCGUGGUUUAUCUCAUCAGGCACAGCGCCUUCUAUCGCCAAAUUAUCAAGGGGUCAAAGAAAUUGCUGCUGACCCUGGAUGACCUCACUUUUGUGAACGCUAAGUUGAGCCGCAUGAGGCUGACCCUGGACAACCUCAGCGAGACCAAAAGCCACUCUGAAGGCCGGAGCCUGAGAUCGGCCACACGCUCCUUGUCCAUGAAAAGUGCUGCUGUGAGCUAUGAAACCUCCAACGUGGCGAUGUAUGAGGGAGAUUGGGUGUGGUUGAAGAAACUGGAGCGUGGAUCCUCUGGUGACCUGAGGCUGCCUGCCACCUCUUUGUUAUGCAAGAUGAAGGACUUGCGUCACGAGAACGUGAAUCCCUUUCUAGGCCUGUUGUCUGACGGCAGCCUCUCUGCCAUCGUGGUGGAAUUCUGCUCCCGUGGGAGCCUGGAGGAUUUGCUGCAGAAUACGGACAUCAGACUGGACUGGAUGUUUAAGUCCUCUCUCCUGAUGGACUUGAUUAAAGGAAUGAAAUAUUUACACCACCAGGAUAUUCUACACGGACGCCUGAAGUCUCGAAACUGUCUGGUGGAUGGACGGUUUGUGCUGAAGAUCACUGAUUAUAGCUACAGUGAAUUUUUGGCAGCCCAACAACCUCUACAUAUUCCGCCACCUGCUGAAGAAUUGCUCUGGACAGCUCCAGAGUUGUUGAGAAAUCCAGUAGUAUUCCCGAAAGGCACCUUAAAAGGAGACGUGUACAGCUUUGCCAUGGUUCUCCAAGAAGUUGUCUUGCGGGGCCCGCCAUAUUGCACAUCCCAAGUCUCCGCUGAAGAAAUUAUACGCAAGCUGAAGAAACCACCGCCCUUGUUGCGUCCCAAUGUUUCUCUGGAUAGUGCCCCCUUGGAGUGUCUCCAGCUGAUGAAGCAGUGCUGGAGCGAAGCACCGGAGAGAAGGCCAACGUUUUAUGAGGUUUUUGAACAGUUUAAAACCAUCAACAAAGGCAAGAAGACCAAUAUCAUUGACUCUAUGUUGAGGAUGCUGGAACAAUAUUCGAGCAAUCUGGAAGAUCUGAUCCGGGAAAGGACUGAGGAGCUAGAGCAGGAGAAGCUGAAGACGGAGAAACUGCUGACCCAAAUGCUCCCCCGAUCAGUGGCGGAAACCCUGAAAACCGGCGCUACUGUUGAACCGGAGUAUUUCGAUGAGGUCACCAUCUAUUUCAGCGACAUCAUCGGCUUCACCACCAUCUCUGCCCUCAGUGAGCCCAUUGAGAUUGUGGAUCUCCUGAAUGACCUUUACUCUCUGUUUGAUGCUAUCAUUAGCCAUCACGAUGUUUACAAGGUGGAAACCAUCGGCGAUGCCUACAUGGUUGCUUCGGGGCUCCCGAAACGAAACGGUCAGAGGCACGCUGCUGAGAUCGCCAACAUGGCUCUGGACAUCCUCAGCUCGGUAGGGUCUUUCACGAUGAAGCACCUUCCUGGCGUGCCCAUCAGGAUUCGGAUGGGGCUGCACUCGGGGCCUUGCGCCGCCGGAGUUGUGGGCCUCACGAUGCCACGGUACUGUCUGUUUGGGGACACUGUGAACACGGCUUCACGGAUUGAAUCCACUGGGUUGCCAUACAGAAUUCACAUCAGCCAAAACACCAUGAAGAUACUAAGGAGUCUGAAUGAAGGCUAUAAAACCGAGUUCAGAGGGAAAACCGAGCUGAAGGGAAAAGGUUUAGAAGAGACAUACUGGCUAGUCGGGAAGAGAGGUUUUGCAAAACCGCUGCCAUCCCCUCCCGAAGUGAAACCUGGGCAACCCUGGCAGGAUACGGUGGUCCGAGAAAUCAAGGCUGCGUUGAGGGACCCAAAGAGGAAGUCCAUCAGCAAGCAGAAACCAUCUUAA